AUGCUAUUUCCAUUACUUCAGUGGCGAAGUGAUCUUUCUGAAAGAACGUUCUCAUGUGACACUGUCUACUCAUACUCACCAGUCUGUCUGUUUACCAGUUUGUUUACGCCUCUCGUUAUUUCCUCCAAUGAAAUGUAUUGCAGAUAUGUUGCUAAACCUUCAUUCAACCAUACCUCGUCCCACCACUUCAUUGUUACAAGAUCUCCGAACCACUGAUGGGCAACUUCGUGUGCUACCGUCGUCGCUACCACAUACUUGGACCUAAGAGGAUAAAUCGUGUGAUCGUACAAGAGAGAAGCUUCCCUAAAAGUAAUUAGUCCCCAAUUCUCCAUCGUUCCGACCAAAGAAAAUCCAAUCAUAUCAUUCCUGUAUAAUAAAAGAAUAAAGUCUCUCGCGUUGAUCAAUACCGUCUGAGAAAUGCGCCUCCGACCUCGACUUAAUGGUGUAGUGAGUGCGUAUACGGCCCUUCACUCCUGGAGGUUCUCUGCGACCUUCGACAUAAUCGAACUCCACAUAAUCGAAUUCGCCGAUGGCAAUGGUAAAUAGAUAACUUGACAUAAAAUCUGUUGUAUCGAAUCUAGUUGUGAUCCAAGAAGUUUCCGGUCCUUUCUCGCUACUAAUUUCCUUUUCAUUGGAGAGUGCUAUAGUUCCUUCCGGAUGAAUCACGGUAAUUGA